AUGACUUUUUAUAGUUUCUAUUUGAUCCUCUUUGCAUUUACUUCGAGUAGCUUUGCCUAUGGACCAAAUCAAAGGGCACAGAAGAAAGGAGACAUUAUUCUUGGAGGAUUGUUUCCCAUUCAUUUUGGAGUAGCUGCUAAACAUCAGGAUCUGAAAUCUAGGCCAGAAUCAGUAGAAUGCAUAAGGUAUAAUUUCCGGGGUUUUCGCUGGUUACAGGCAAUGAUCUUUGCCAUUGAAGAGAUUAAUAACAGCCCAACUCUUCUUCCCAAUAUGACUCUUGGAUACAGCAUUUUUGACACCUGCAAUACAGUGUCUAAAGCUCUAGAAGCCACUCUGAGUUUUGUGGCCCAAAACAAGAUUGAUUCUCUGAAUCUGGAUGAGUUUUGCAAUUGUUCGGAUCAUAUUCCCUCAACAAUUGCAGUGGUGGGAGCAACAGGCUCUGGGAUUUCCACUGCAGUUGCCAAUCUUCUGGGUCUCUUUUAUAUACCUCAGGUUAGCUAUGCUUCAUCCAGUCGGCUCUUGAGCAACAGGAAUGAGUACAAAUCUUUCCUGCGCACUAUACCUAAUGAUGAGCACCAAGCCACUGCUAUGGCUGACAUUGUAGAGUACUUCCGCUGGAAUUGGGUGGGUACCAUUGCAGCAGAUGACAAUUAUGGCCGGCCAGGUAUUGAAAAGUUCAGGGAAGAAACAGAGGAGAGAAACAUCUGCAUUGACUUCAGUGAGCUCAUUGCCCAGUACUUGCCUGAGGAUCAGAUCCAACAGGUAGUGAAAGUCAUCCAGAAUUCCACUGCCAAGGUGAUUGUUGUGUUCUCUAGUGCACCUGACCUAGAACCAUUGAUCAAAGAGAUUGUCACACGGAACAUCACUGGCAGGAUUUGGCUGGCAAGUGAAGCCUGGGCCAGCUCAUCAUUGAUAGCAAUGCCACAGUUCUUUCAUGUCAUGGGGGGCACAAUUGGAUUUGCUCUUAAGGCAGGACAGAUCCCUGGCUUUCGCGACUUUCUGCAAAAGGUAAACCCUAAGAAGUCUGCUAAUAAUGGAUUUAUUAAAGAGUUUUGGGAGGAGACAUUUAAUUGUUACUUACCAGAAGGAAACAAAAAUUUCCCAGUUUUUUUCCACAAAGACCAUGAGGAAGGUACUAGAGCUGGAAAUAGUACAGCUUCAUUCCGUCCCCCAUGUACAGGGCGUGAGAACAUCACUAGUGUGGAAACACCAUACAUGGAUUAUACUCACCUACGGAUAUCUUACAAUGUGUACUUGGCAGUAUAUUCCAUUGCUCAUGCUUUGCAGGAUAUAUACACUUGCACUCCUGGGAAAGGACUAUUUGCCAAUGGGUCAUGUGCAGAUAUCAAGAAAGUUGAGGCAUGGCAGGUACUGAAGCAUCUGCGACACUUGAACUUCACUAAUAAUAUGGGGGAGCAAGUGGAUUUUGAUGAGUCAGGAGGCCUAAUAGGAAAUUAUUCAAUUAUCAAUUGGCAUCUGUCCCCUGAAGAUGGCUCCAUUGUAUUUGAGGAGGUUGGACACUAUAAUGUUUAUGCCAAAAAAGGAGAAAGGUUAUUUAUCAAUGAAAAUAAGAUCCUAUGGAGUGGAUUUUCCAAAGAGGUACCAUUCUCAAACUGCAGCAGAGAUUGCCUUCCAGGUACAAGGAAAGGUAUAAUUGAGGGAGAGCCCACCUGCUGCUUUGAAUGUGUUGAAUGCACAGAUGGAGAGAUCAGUGAUGAAACAGAUGCCAGUGCUUGUGAGAAGUGUGCUGAAAACUUCUGGUCCAAUGAAAACCAUACCUUCUGCAUUCCCAAGCAAAUAGAAUUUUUGUCCUGGACAGAACCAUUUGGAAUUGCUCUCACUCUUUUUGCUAUACUAGGCGUCUUCUUAACCUCAUUUGUCCUGGGAGUCUUUACCAGAUUUCGCAACACACCCAUUGUCAAGGCCACAAACCGUGAACUCUCUUAUCUCCUCCUGUUUUCCUUGCUCUGUUGUUUUUCUAGCUCCCUUUUCUUCAUUGGUGAGCCUCAAGAUUGGAAUUGCCGCUUACGACAACCAGCCUUUGGUAUCAGCUUUGUGCUCUGCAUCUCCUGCAUUCUGGUGAAGACCAAUCGUGUUCUUCUGGUCUUUGAGGCUAAGAUACCAACAAGCCUCCAUCGCAAGUGGUGGGGACUUAACCUUCAGUUCCUCUUGGUCUUCUUAUGCACAUUUGUACAAAUUGUCAUCUGUGUCAUCUGGCUUUAUACAGCUCCCCCUUCUAGCUUCCGUAAUCAUGAAAUGGAGGAUGAAAUCAUCUUUAUCACUUGUAAUGAGGGCUCCUUGAUGGCACUGGGAUUCCUAAUUGGUUACACUUGUCUGCUGGCCGCUAUCUGCUUCUUCUUUGCUUUCAAAUCCCGCAAGCUGCCAGAGAACUUCAAUGAAGCCAAAUUUAUCACCUUCAGUAUGUUGAUUUUUUUCAUUGUUUGGAUCUCUUUUAUACCAGCCUAUGCCAGCACCUAUGGCAAAUUUGUCUCAGCAGUGGAGGUGAUUGCCAUUCUGGCAGCCAGCUUUGGGCUUUUAGCAUGCAUCUUCUUCAACAAGGUCUACAUUAUCCUUUUCAAGCCAUCCCGCAAUACCAUUGAGGAAGUACGCUGCAGCACGGCUGCUCAUGCUUUCAAAGUGGCAGCCAGAGCUACACUGCGACGCAGCAAUGUGUCCCGCAAGAGGUCCAACAGUCUGGGGGGCUCCUCAGGCUCUACUCCAUCCUCUUCCAUCAGCAGCAAAAGCAACCAUGAAGGGCCCUUUUCGAUACCAACAUCUGCAGAACCUCAGCAAAAACAUGGAUGCAAGCAGAAGGUGAGUUUUGGUGGUGGAACUGUCACCUUGUCACUAAGCUUUGAGGAGCAUCAGAAAAAUGCUGUAGCCAAUAAAAAUGCAAAGCACAGAAACUCCUUGGAAGCCUGCAAUAGUGAUGAUAGUCUCAUGCGACAUAAAGCCCUACUUCCUCUGCAUGGCAAUGAAUCACUGGAGCCCAAAUUCCAGACACCCUCAAAUCAAGAAUCCAGCAUACCAGAAUCAGUAGUGGGAGAAACCAAGCAAGGAGACCAUGUAGAAGGGCCACCUUUGUCAGCUGCAUACCUGCGGGAUUUAGUAGGCAGUGACUCCAUCAAAGAGAAUGCCAUCCAUUCUUAA